AUGUAUCGUUGCUUGCCUGCCCUCUGCCUCGCCUCCUCAGCUCUUCUGGUCUCAGCGACCCCUCGGAUCUGGUCUAUCGAGGAAGUAGCUACUUCCCCGAGUGCAGUCGCGGGAGUCUCCAUUCCGCACCACAAGAGGCAAGUCAUUAAAGGCCCCGGAGGGUACCGCUUCAACGUGCUUGAACAUCUGGCCGGAAUUGCGCCCUACUUCGAUUCUCCGGGAGUGCAGCUCGAUCCUAGUCCGCCCGACGGGUGCACGGUGACGAAGGCGACGUACAUCGUCCGUCAUUCGAACAUUUUCGCGAACGACUUUGACUACGAGACGUACCUCUCUCCCUUCCUUUCCAAGCUCGCCAACUACUCGGACAGGUCUGCGUUCACGAGCGCACCCGACCUGGCCUUCCUCACCAACUACACCUCCCCAAUCACGAACGAGACGGAGCAGAUCGAGAAGUUGACGCCGUCUGGUGGCGACGCCGCGGCCGCGUUCGCGGGUGUCAUCAAACAGACAUAUGCGAGUCUUCUCAACAGCACAGAGGCUCAGGCCGGCGCCUUCAGGAUAUGGGCUGCGUCAGCGAGCAGAGACGUGGACACCGCGAACGCCUUUAUUGGCGGCCUCGGCAACAACGCGACGUUAGUCGUGGUGAACGAAGGCGAGAACGACAGCGCGGAUUCGCUCACGCCGCACUCUUCGUGCCCCGCAUUCGACGCGGCCCUGGGCUCCGUGCAGGCCGGCGCCUGGCAGCAGAAAUACACCGCGCCGCUCAUCGAGCGCUUCAACGCCGUCGCGCCCGGAUUCAACUUCACGCUGACCGACAUCGUCGGCAUGCAGGAGCUGUGCGGGUACGACACCGUCAUCCGCAACACGAGCGACUUCUGCAACGCGUUCACCGCCGAAGAGUGGCUCUCGUUCGAGUACGCGAACGACCUGCAGUACUUCUACAGCAUCGGCUACGGCAACCCCAUCGCGCCGCAGCUCGGGCUCCCCUGGGUGCGCAGCGCCGUCGACAUCCUCUCCGCGAACGACACGUCCACCUUCAACCAAUCCCUGUACAUCUCCUUCUCGCACCGCGAAGAGCCGCCGCUCGUGCUCACCGCGCUCGGGCUGUUCAACAACUCCGCGUACUACCCCGCGCUCGACGUGAACAGCACGAUGCCCGCGGACCGCGUCAACAGCGCGCGCGCGUGGCGCACGAGCGAGAUCCUGCCCUUCCUCGGGCACGUCGGGAUCGAGCGGCUGCAGUGCAGCAAUGCGACGAUUGAUUCGGCCUCUGGGGGCGCAGGGGCGGAGGAUGUGGGGGAGGAUGGGGCGUACGUGCGCGUGCUGGUGAAUGGGGCGCCGAUUCCGGUGCCGGAGUGUCAGGAUGGCCCGGGGGCGUCGUGUGCGUUGGCGAGCUUUGGGGCGUAUAUUGCGCAGAGGGCGGCGGUGUAUGGGGAUUUUAUUGGGGCGUGCGGGAUCAACGAUACGGUUGCCAACCGUACGGACUUGUUGAGCAUCUAUAACGCAUAG